UUUCUGCUAGAGAAAAUGGCCGCUACAGAUGCUGGCGAGAUUUCACACAGUGAGACAAAAACUACUCUCACACUCGACUAAAUGAAACGGAUGGGACGCGAACGCUGCGAGGGAGUAUUAUAUAACGCAAAACGUAGUUCGUUUCGUCCCGAGCCGUCGCUGAAGUGCUGUUUAACAGUGUAAGCGCUAGUUUUAGCUCAAGCUAACAGUCAGGAGCGCCCGUGUGACCGGGCUCGAGCAGAACCGGAGAGAGUCGGACCAAUGGCGGACCCGAGAAAAGUCCCGUUCAUCACGCUCGCCUCGUUCAGCAGCACACCGGCGGCACCCGAGUCAAAGAAGCGCCGACGCGAGGACGAAGAGAAUGAACCGAGCCCCGCUGUCACCGGCGGCGGGGGGCUGUUCGGUACCGGGACACCGGCAUCGAACCCCGGCGAACCCAAACCCACCGUCCGCCUGAACCUGAGCCUGUCAGAACCGAGCGAGCAGAGAUCCGCCGAGUUCAACUACAGCGAGCUGGCCCAGUCCAACCUGCAGGUGAGGAAGGUUCCUCAGGGUCUCACUCCAGCUCUGGACCCCAGCGACCCGUUUGCAGAUGAAGACAAGGAGCGGCAAGAAGUCGAGGCUCUCGCCAGGAAAUUUGAGGGCAAAUACGUACGUAAUCUUAUAUAG